ACAUCCCAUAAGCCAGCCCUCAGAAGUACCCUAAAGAGGGUAUGACAAUUUUGAGCAGAUGUUUGCAACGCAAAGAACGCACCUAUGAACGCAAACUAGUCUCCCAGUUUGGAAGCUAACAUAAGAAAAUUGUGCACAUGCUCCUUUAUGACUCUGUAGAUCAUGUGUCCAAACCGUCGGUGUGGCAAAAAACAAGUCUUUCAACUAAAAAUAUCUUAGAGCUUCCUCAGAUACUACUGAUCUAAAAGGGUAUCAAAACCUUCGACCCGUUAUGCUGGUUUUUACUUCUUGUUGGUUUGUGUGUCAGUCGGCUGAUAAUCCCCUCAGCGGUGGCUCAGCGAGUUUUUUGGGAGCAGUGGGUGGCUAUCAGCUAGCCAAGAGCCCAUCCAUAGCAUAUAUAAGGCUUUAACAUUAAAAGAAUCCAAAGAAAAGUUUAGUUUAGAACAGUCAUGUUGAGUCUUCGAGUGUUUCUCUUGCUGCAGUGCAGCCUUUUGGUCUUUGGGGGCGUGUGCCUUAUACCGCAGCCGAUUAUGCGACAGCGUUCCCUGAAGGAUACGCUUCUGAAGACCCAGCCACGUCUAGAUGGUCGCAUUGUGGGUGGACAUCGCAUCAAUAUCACCGAUGCGCCACAUCAGGUGUCGCUACAGACUUCCAGUCACAUUUGUGGAGGAUCCUUGAUAUCCGAGGAGUGGAUUCUGACCGCUGCCCAUUGCACAUAUGGCAAGACUGCCGAUCGUUUAAAGAUUCGCUUGGGCACCUCAGAGUUUGCUCGCAGCGGAGAGCUACUCCGUGUCAAGCAGAUCGUCCAGCAUGCCCAAUUCAACUUUUCGAACGUAGACUACGACUUCUCGUUGCUGCAGCUCCAACAUCCCAUUAAAUUCGAUGAGACCAAGAAGGCCAUCCAGCUCCCGGAGCCCCAACAGCAGCUUAUGGAUGGGGAGACCUGCUUUGUGAGUGGCUGGGGGAAUACCCAGAACCUCCUGGAGUCCCGCGAGUGGCUGCGGCAGGUGGAGGUGCCGCUGGUCAACCAGAAGGUGUGCAGCGAAAAGUACCAGCAGUAUGGCGGCGUGACCGAGCGUAUGAUCUGUGCCGGGUUCAUGGAGGGUGGCAAGGAUGCCUGCCAGGGUGACUCCGGCGGCCCAAUGGUCAGUGAAUCUGGCGUUUUGGUGGGAAUUGUCAGCUGGGGCUAUGGCUGUGCCAAGCCCGACUAUCCAGGCGUUUACUCCCGCGUGGCAUUUGCCCGCGAUUGGGUGAAGGAGCACAGCGGCAUCUAGCAUGAAAAGUUCGUCAAUAAACCGCAUUAAAAAUCGACUAAAAGGGGAUGGCGUUUCAAAAUCAGGUUUCCUUCAAGAGGUUUCCAUGCACACGUUGCCAGCACGAAAUUUACUUGCCAAACACGCGAUUGUCUUCCCCCUGUCUGCACAUUUCGCUGGCAGUGGCGGUUGCGUUGUUGGCGCAGCUCCGUGGGGCACAUUCUAGCAGCGGAGGUUGUUCAGCGCAUGACACAUAACUGCGAUGCAUCUGUAUAGUUCGAGUAUGGCUUUGGCUGGGAAAGGGGGCGCUCACGGCAGCUCACGUUUGGAGCUAUCGUUAUUUCUUGUUCUGAUUCAGGUGUGAUACAUGUGGCGUAUGCGCAUUUUUCGCGUUACGUAUCCGACAGGAGUAGGAUGAGACGAGUACACCUAUCCAUCGCCUCACACGAGUGGGGUCUUACUCGAUUAUAAAUUGGCUCUCUUCCCCCUUUUCACACGCCGCAAACCUCGUCCUUACAGGAUUACAAAAU